AUGCCUGCACCAUUACCACUAUUGAAGAAGAAGAAGAAGCUUGCGCUGCAGGCGCGCCCGCGUGUCCGCCCGUCGCCGCCUGCAGUGCACGCCCCGCCCGAACCUCUGACCCGCACCGCGGCUGCCAGCGCCGCGCCGCCAAGGAGCAGCCCGCGAUGCAGCCGCCUUCCCCCGCCUUGCGCGACGCCUCAAGCCGGCUGUCGUCGGCCCCGCGGCCCGGGGGCCGACAGAUCGGCAGCGAAACCCAAGCAGCAGCCGGAGCGAGCGUCCGACCGGCCUUGCGCGAAUGGCGAGUGCAAAGCAGGCGACGCCGGUACGCUGUCGGACCGGACAGUCGGCCGGGGCCAAUCCGGGAUCGCCUCCGCUUCCAGCCCGCCAGGCGAAGAACUCCGCCAGCCUCUUCCUCCGCCGCAGCCGCGCGACAGCGACGUACACUCGCGUACGGCUGGGCGGCAGACGAGUGGUUCCUGGCAACGGAGACGGACGUUCGACGGCGGCCAUGGGGGCCGCCGCGCCAUCGGCAGUGGAUCUCGCGGCGACGCGACGGAUCGACAAAGAACCCGGUGGGGGGGUGGCUCCGGCAGCCGGCCAGCGUGGAUAAGGAUGGAGGUUCGUGCGGCGCGGCUGGAGAGUGAGGGUCGAGUGCAGGAGGCAACGUGUUUGAAGACAGCGAGGUUCCAAACUUUCUCCUUUCUCUCUCUCCUCCCCUCCCCUUCUUCUUCUUCUUCUUCUUCGUCUUCGUCUUCGUCUUCGUCUUCCUCUUGCUCUUUAAUUUUUUCCUCAUCUUCUCCGGCGCAGUUGCGCUCCGUCUCCGGCGAUCGAUCGAUGUCGCAAUCGGAGCAGCCGAUGUUAAGGAAUUACAGAAACUGCUUCACUGAUGAUGCUGAACAUCAGGGCUUUCAUUGCUCAACAUGUCAUCCUCAUGAAGUUCCCCUCAUGAAGAAGGUUGCUGCAGAAUUUGUGGCCACCUUCAUCUUGAUCUUCAGUGCUGCUGCAACACCAAUAGUGGAUCAGAAGUACGGUGGUGUAGAAGCACUUACAGGGAAAGCAGUUUCAGCUGCAGCACCGGUCACAGUUAUGAUCAUCUCCAUGGGGCAUAUCUCUGGGGCUCAUAUGAAUCCAUCAGUCACAUUGGCUCUAGCACUGUUUAAACAUUUCCCUCUGCUGAAUGUUGCUCCCUACAUGGUGGCUCAGGUGUUGGGAUCCAUCUCUGCCUCAUUUGCUCUUAAGGCCAUCUUCAGUCCUUUCCACUCUGGUGGGGUUACUGUUCCUACUGUCAGCACUUCCCAGGCUUUCUUCCUUGAGUUUCUCAUCACUUUCAUCCUCUUGCUUGUUAUCACUGCAACAGCUGCAGAUCCACAAGCUGUAAAAGAAGUGAUAGGAAUAACAGUUGGGACUACUGUUUUGAUGAAUGUUUUCAUUGCAGGGCCAUCAACAGGGGGAUCAAUGAACCCUGUGAGAACAUUGGGACCAGCAGUGGCAGCAGGGAAUUACAGCCAUAUUUGGGUGUACAUGGUGGCCCCAACUUUAGGGGCUAUUGCAGGCACUGGAACAUACACUUUUAUGCAAGUGCAAGUAAAAAAAUAACUAACACUGGUCCCAAAAGGCUUGGAUCUUCAUCACAGGAAAGAGAAAAAGUAUGUUGAUAGUGAAAAUCAAGAUGGUGAUCACAGUGAAACAACAACUUCUGUUACUAUUCUAUGUUUCAUGGUACUCCAUCCUGAUUUCUUGCAUGCAAUGAGUUGGAACUUGGAAGUUGGAACUCAAAUGAGAGUAGGAUUUUUAGCUCUUAUAAAAAGUUUAGACAUGUAAAUAAGCAAUUCCAUGUCAAUAGUGUUUCAUAUGGUGUUUUCUUCCCAUAUUUAAUCUGUUCUCUACUAUUGAAUUGAAAAUCAUCUUGAAAACUUUUUUUUUUCAAGAUCAUCUA